GAGCAGUUAGGACGUCUGCAGAUGCAGUCAAGGGGUCGAAUUUAGCAGCGGAUGGAGCAGCAGCAGUGGCAGGAGCAGCAGCAGGAGCAGGAGCAGUGGCAGCAGUGCUUGGUGCAUGUGAUGCUGAUGGGGGAAAUGGAGCAACGGCGGGCAGGGAGGGCAACAGGAGCGAACAAGGUCUCGUGCAGCUGUUACUGUCAGAGCGCGGCCUCAUGAGGGAGCAGCUGGGCCACUUCCUGCUCGACCCUCUGCGCCUCGACCUCGGCCCGCUCAUCGCAACGGGUGCCUCGGGGGAGGUGCGCCGAGGCAGGUACGCUGGCGAGCCCGUGGCUGUGAAGAUUCUCAAGGGGGAGGCCAGGAGGGAUGGGGUUGUGGCGGGGAUUGGGGGUGGGGCGGGAGGAGGAGGGGGUGCAGGUCUGCUGCGCUUCUACGGCGUGUGUGUGGACGUGCGGCGCCGCAUGUGCAUCGUCACCAAGCUCAUGCCGGGUGGCACUCUGCACGACCUGCUGAGGAGGAGAAAUGGUGUGGGCCUGCCGCUGCCGCAGCUACUGCGUGUGGCAAUGGACAUUGCUUUGGGGAUGCGCUUCCUGCACUGCCAUGGAAUCAUUCACCGCCAACCUUCCUGUCUCCACCACACCCCUCCCCGCCCUCCCUCUCACCCCAGCGACCUCAAGACGGCCAAUGUACUAUUGGACGAGCACGGGCGGGCAGUGGUGGGGGACUUUGGAGUGGCGCGGCUGGUGGGAGACGGAGCGGAGAUGACCAAGGAGGUGGGCACAUACCGCUGGAUGGCCCCUGAGGCCUUUGGCACCACGGGGCACUGGUCUGUCACCCCUCGCAGCGACGUCUACAGCUUCGGAAUUGUGUUAUGGGAGCUGCUGACUGCACGGUUACCGUACGAGAGUUACUCGCCGCUUCAGGCUGCAGUGGCAGUGGCGCUGAAUGGGCUGCGGCCGGCGAUACCAGCGGGGUGCCCUGAGGGGCUCAGGCGGCUGAUUGAGGCGUGCUGGGCCAGGGACCCUGCUGAGAGGCCUGACUCAGAGGAUGUGGUGCGCGUGGUGCGAGGAUUGAGGCAGGAGUUGCUGGGGGAAGAGAGUGUGGAGGACGAGGAGACUAGUGGGGGGGAUGGGGAGCAGGUUGUGAGUGGUAGGGAAUGA